UCGUCUGGCGCGUAGACAUGAAUUUGAGUGCAGGGAACGAAUGUUUACAUAUUGGAGAAUUGUAUCAUGGAACGACGAAUUUCACAUAAAGAGAAACGUGCUUCACUUGAGGCGAAUAUUGCCACACUGUGCAGAAGAUUUAGGUUUCAUGAAGUGGAAGAACAUGUGCUGCCUAUUUUUCGCAAAGUCACUUGGAGACAAGUUUUGUAUUCGCUAAAGAGACACAGGAAAACUCUUAGUUUAGUGAAUAUUGCACAAGCACUGAUUGCAUCAGCAAAGGAUGAGCCUUUUGCAUUCCUGGAGGACAUGUAUUUCGAACUGUACCUCACACAUAAAAUUGUACACAGUAAAAGUUACACUUGGAAUGCAUUUAAAAUGAUCGGAGGUCAAGGAAAAGCUACUCUAGUGACAGAAAUGCAGAUUUCUGAAGCACUGAAGAACUCAUUCAGAUCAUUAGCUCACGCACCAAGAAUUAAAGUAAAGUUGUUUGGUUCUCUCUCUUGGAUCAUGAUUAUACAGAAGAAGCAAAAGCAUUCUGGCACAGAGUUUAAGCAGCAGCCAUUCAUUUGUGCAUAUAUCCCUGGUGAACCGUAUUUCUUUGCUUCACAAAAAAAUGUAAAACCAAACAUUUCAGAUGGGCUAUUGUCUACAUUUGGGUACAGGAGAUUAAAUGACUGCAAACUGUCAGCUCCUGAUAUUGCAUCAAUGGUAACACUGCUAAGAAAUAAAGCUGCUAAAGCGUUUGAUGCUCAUUCAGCUCAACAUUCUAUUGCUCCAUACUCUCCAGGGCCAAGUGUAGCAACAGAAGAUGGCGUGGAUUUCACUGAUGAACAGUGGAAGAUAAAUUAUGCCAAUAUUGUUUUUGGAAAAGAUUGUCCUGUGAUGAAAAAGUUCACUGUUAAGGAGGUGGGGCCCAUUGUGAAGAACAGGCAAAUGUAUCGAACUACAUUUACCAUUCGGUCAAAUGACGUAUUUCAGUGUCUAAAAGUAUUACUUGUGAAAGGUAUUCUUACAAUGCCGUUAUCACCAUAUAUUGAAAGAAUAAUAACCCUUGGGAAAAAUACAAUAAUAAUAAUGCCUCAAAAUAAUAAUACAUCACAAGUGGAAGAUCAACGCUGAAUUGAUACACAAAGUACUAGUGCACACUUCCUUGAAAGAUGUGCUGCCCAUUCAAUUAAUGUUUUGUCUGAAGACAGUAACAGUCUUCCAUGCCAUACUCUUGAAAAUGUUAUUCUCUAGUAGUUAGCAAAUACUGAUAUACUCUUCAUUAUUUUUUUUUUUGGGG